AGGAAAACCGAAUAAAAAACACAGGAGAAGGAAAAAAAGGAGGAGAAAGAAGAGGAGGAGGAGGAGGAGGGAGAAUCAGAUGGGUUUCCUCACCUACCAAUGUUGAGGUCGGUGUUGUUCUGGAUGCUGUUCUGGCAGAGAAAUGGCUUCACCUGUUUAACAGCCUCCACCUGGCCACAAGAGAGGACCAUUUGCAUUCAGGACAGGACAGGACUGAAGAGAAACCAACGGGGAGGGAGGGGGCAGAGGGUGAGGGCCUUUUGGAAGGUUGUAGGGCUUUGUGGGAGACUGGAGUUGGAAGGUGGGAGAGUUUGGACUGAUGGAAGCCAGCCUGUUCUUUCAGACCCAACCUGGUUGAAGAUGCAGAGAAGAGGCUUUGGGUUUGCCUGGUGGAGAAGACCUGGCAGGACCUUCAGCAGUCCAGUUGCCUUGUUGGCGGAGACCACAAAGUGCUUUGGAGGCUUCCUAUCAUAACAACCGUUGUCCUUCCAGGCUUCUUCUGGUUCGAGUGCAAGGAGGUCUGGAUCGAAGGGCUGCGCAGCUACCUGCUUGACUGGUGGAACUUCCUGGACAUUGUCAUCCUCAGCAUGUACUUGGCUUCCUUUGUGCUCAGGUUGCUGGUCUACCUCAAAGGACAAGUUUUCUGCUUGGACAUCCAGGCUUCUACUCCAGAGUGCUACUAUUAUACCCAAGCUAAGCGGCUGGAGUGGCACCCUGAAGACCCCCAGUUCAUGGCCGAGGUGCUCUUUGCUGUCACCAGCAUGCUGAGCUUCACGCGCCUAGCCUACAUCCUCCCUGCCCACGAGACCUUGGGGACACUCCAGAUUUCCAUUGGGAAGAUGAUUGAUGACAUGAUUCGAUUCAUGUUCAUCAUGAUGAUCAUCCUGACCGCUUUCCUGUGUGGCAUGAACAACAUCUACGUCCAUUAUCAGGAAUCGGAGCGUCUGGGAAGCUUCAACGAGACCUUCAAGUUCCUCUUCUGGACAAUGAUGGGGAUGGAGGAACACAAAGCGGUGGACAUGCCCCAGUUCUUCGUGGCUGAGCUGGUGGGCCGGGUGCUCUACGGAAUCUUCACCAUCGUCAUGGUGGUCGUCCUUCUCAACAUGCUCAUUGCCAUGAUCACCAACUCUUUCCAGAAGAUCGAGAAUGACGCUGACGUAGAGUGGAAAUUUGCACGCUCAAAACUCUACCUGUCCUUCUUCAGGGAAGGUUUAACCUUGCCGGUUCCCUUCAACAUCAUCCCGACGCCCAAGUCCAUCUUCUAUGCCAUCCGGGGCUGCUUUCGCUUCAUGUGCUGUUGCAAACCUAAGAAGAGUCAGAAAUAUCCCCCCAUCAACACCAUUAGCAAUCCCUCGGUGGAAGAAGGGGGCGGCCGGACUGAACCCCGCCUGUCUUAUCAGCGCCAGGUGCUGAAGGCUCUGGUGCAGCGCUACAUCGACACGGCCAGGCGGGAGCUGGAGGAAAGCCGGAGGAAAGACCUGGGGAACCGCCUGACCGAGUUGAACAAAUCGGUGUUGCGUCUCCACACAGAGAUGAAGCACCUCCGGCAGUCGGUGGCCACCAGUGGGGUGGCCAGCAACCCCAUGGACGGGGCCAGUGUGCUCCGCAAGUACAUCAUGAAGGUGCGCAACAGCUUCCAGAGCUACGAGCCCGAGGCAGGGGGCGACGGCCAGGGCUCCCCCGUGGAAGUGGUGGUGCACCAGGACGUGCCCCUCGUCAUGGAGGGUGCGCUGCCGUUGCUUCGAGAGAAGCAGGGUGAAGCGGAGGGCCAGGCAGAGGGUGAAGCGGGGGGCCAGGCAGAGGGUGAAGCGGGGGUUGAGGUGGAGGAGGAGGUAGUGGACAUGAUGGGGGCUGAGGAGGAGGAGGAGGCCGAGCCGGUCAUUCCUCAGUACGAGCCUCAGGAGGAGACCGAAGACAGGGCAGGUCAGGCACCAGAAUCAUGAGCCGCCAUUUUGCAGGAAGGCCCUUCCCUAGCUCUCAUGUCUUGCAAAGGAUGGCUGUGGCCCCUCUCGGACCACUGCGGAAGCCACGUGCUUUGUGAAGUAGCCUUCCUUUGAGGGGACAAUCCAGACCCCUUCCCAGAGGUUUCCCUGGGGGGGGGGCGAAAAAGGGGUGGGUGCCCUCUUCGGCAGCACUGGGACGCCUCCAUAGGAAGGUCCUGCCGUAGUUGUGCUACUCUUGCAAAUGCACUUAGAAGAAGAAGAAGAAGUUGUGUUCUCGCAGUUUAUUCUGGCACAAGGUUUUCUUGCUUCUGAAUGGAGGAGGAAGGACGAUUUGGGAGGAUCUCCAGCAAAUAAAUUAUUAAAACAACUGCUCUCCGCUGAGACUUGCUCAUCUCACUGAUCUUGCUAUAAACUGUAAGCCACUCAGAGUUGCCUUGAAAAUAAUAAACAAACAAACAAACACAAAGAAACAAAUACCAAAUAUUCACCUGUUUUCGGGGCCUCUUUUAUUCUUUUGUGCAGUGCAAUAAAGUUUGCUGUUUACAUGUCAUAUA